CAGGAAACUUACAAUCAGGAUUUCUGUAAAACCGGUGUAUUUUGUGGAAGUUUCCAGAAUUCUGCAACACUAUGUCUGUCACUGUGAGUUGUUCUCUGACUUGUCUCUCCCUGUAGAUUGAUAACCUCGACCCCCGUGGCGUGCAGCUGGCUGCUCUGUUCAUGACCGGCGUGGACAUGGCCUUAUUGGCCAACGACGCGUGUGGCCAGCCAAUCCCCUGGGAGCACUGCUGCCCGUGGAUGUACUUUGAUGGCAAGCUGCUGCAGAGCAAACUGAUCCGGGCCAUUCGGGACAAGGCCCCGCUCAUCGACCUCUGUGAUGGUCAGGUGGAUCAGGUGAACAAGGUGAAGCAAAUGCGUCAGAGCAUCCUGGAGGGGCUUAACUUGUCCCCACCUCCCCCCCCCACCCCCCACGCCAUGCCUUUCUAUCCCCCAGGGGGAGCCUUCUACCCCCCGCCCCACAUGAUGCCGCUGCAGGGCAGGGGCAGGAGCAUGGGCAUGCCUCGCCUGCCAAGCAUGUCCACCCAGGGCGGGAAGCUAGAGAUAGCAGGCACGGUGGUGGGCCAAUGGGCUGGCAUCAGACGGGGCCGAGGCAGAGGAGGCUUCCCCAUCCAGGUGGUCUCUGUCGGCGGACCAAACAGAGGGCGUCUGCGGGGUGUGAUCUCCACUCCUGUCAUCAGGACCUUCGGUCGAGGAGCCAAAUUCCCCUCAGAGGCUUCAAGAGCCAGGGAACAUACCAGGUGGGACACGGGACAUACCAGGUGGGACACGGGACAACCAGGUGAGACAGGGGACAUACGAGGUGGGUCAGGGGACAUACCUGGUGAGACAGGGGACAUACCAGGUGGGACAGGGAACAUACCAGGUGAGACAGGGGACAUACGAGGUGGGUCAGGGGACAUACCUGGUGAGACAGGGGACAUACCAGGUGGGACAGGGAACAUACCAGGUGAGACAGGGGACAUACGAGGUGGGUCAGGGGACAUACCUGGUGAGACAGGGGACAUACCAGGUGGGACAGGGAACAUACCAGGUGAGACAGGGGACAUACCAGGUGAGACAGGGGACAUCAGAGGUGAUACGGGGGACAUACCAGGUGAGACGGGGGACAUACCAGGUGGGACGGGGGACAUACCAGGUGAGACAGGGGACAUACCAGGUCGGGGGACAUACCAGGUGAUACGGGGGACAUACCAGGUGAGACGGGGGACAUACCAGGUGGGACGGGGGACAUAG